AUGAGUUUUCAUUCUCUUUUUAAUUUCUGGAAUUUCAGAAGCUUAGUGUAUGAAUCUGAGGACAAUUCGAGAACCGGAGAAUCACAAUCAGCUGUUGCAGAUUUUGAUAAUCUGGGAGCUUUGGUCACUAGCAAUGGAUUCGAAGCUUUGGCACUGAAUUUUGAUUGCGAUUCAGUGAACUCCGUCUGUCAUUGUGUUCUUCCCCCAACUCCGACUCCGUCGAUCUUCUCCUCCAACGAAUUACUUGAUUGUCUAACUAUAGAAGAACUGGAGAGGCUUGCCAGAUUGGGUCCAAGAGCUCAGAAGACAUUGCUUUAUAAUUUAACCGGUGUAUUGUCUUUCCUUUUCUCAUAUUACCACAAAGCUAUUACUUUUAACUUCUAA